AUGCCGACGAAGCUUCCACUGGAGUUGGAGGAUGAGAUACUUUUGCGUGUUCCACCUCUAUCUCUCACACGCUUUAGAACAGUUUGCAAACGAUGGAACACACUUUUCAACGAUCAGAGAUUCAUCAACAAUCACUUGGCUUGCGUCCGUCCUCAGUUCAUAUUACGGACCGAGAAAGAUUCCAAGAUCUAUUCAAUAGGCAUCAAUAUCGAUGACUCCUUAGAGGUGCGUGAGCUAAACCUAGAAACUCAAGGUCCUAAUAAGAAGCUUAAGGUAUAUCGAAACCUCUUUUAUUGCGAUGGUUUUUUGUUAUGUCCUGCUUUGCUUGACGAGGUUGCUGUCUGGAAUCCAUGGUUGAGAAAACAAACUAAAUGGAUCGAGCCUAAGAGGAGUAGAUUCAAUUUAUAUGGACUAGGGUAUGAUAAUCGUAGACCGGAGAAGUGUUACAAGAUCUUAGGGUUUGGUUAUGGUUACAGUAGUGAAAUAAACGGUAGUUACAACAGAAUUAACCCGAGAGUUUCGGUAUUUGAGUUUGAAACUAAUGCGUGGAAGGAUCUUAAGUUUGGUUUAUUUGAUUGGCACCUAAGAUCUCCCCGGACUGUUUUAUCUUUGAAUGGAACUUUGUAUUGGAUUGCUGUGAGGUGUGAAAGUGGUGGUGAUGGUUUUAUCCAAAGCUUUGACUUUUCGAGGGAGAUGUUCGAGCCCUUUUGUCUCUUGCCAUGUAAGAACGAUUUUGGCGAUACUCAAAUCCUUGAGGUUUUUAGGGGAGAUCGGCUAUCUGUGUUGGAACAAUGCCCGACAACAAAUAAGAUCAAGAUUUGGGUGACUAAGAACAAGAUUAGUGGAGAUAGGAAGGAGCUUGUGUCGUGGAGACUGUUAAUGACAGUGUCGAUACCAAACUUCCCGAGAUUACAAGAUCUUUACUCUAAUUCUCAGCCGAGUUACUUCAUGGAUAACAAUGAUGACAAGAGGCUCAUCGUGUGUACUUGUGAUGAAAGUGGUAAGCCUUGCAUAUACAUUGUGAAGGGGGAUAGGUUCAAGAAGAUUCAAAUGGGUUUUGAGGUUGAGCCUUGGCCUUUUCACCUUGUUUAUGUUCCUAGUUUGGUUCCUAUUCCUUUAGCCUAA